AUGAAUCUCUUCAUGAGAGAGUUCUACCAAAAGGAUCCUAAAAGCUCUCCAGACUAUUGCAGAAUCAUUAACACACGUCACUUUGACAGAGUAUUGGCUCUAAUGAAUGAAUGCACUAUUGCUCUUGGAGGAGAGAGUGAUCGCUCACAAUAUUACAUAGCUCCUACAGUUUUGAGGGAUGUUUUACCCCAUUUCAAAAUCAUGCAAGAAGAAAUCUUUGGACCACUGCUGCCCAUCGUCACUGUUAAUGGCUUGAGUGAGGCCAUACAUUUUAUCAAUGCAAGAGAAAAGCCAUUGGCGCUCUAUGUCUUUUCCUCUGAUAAAACGGUGAUUAAGCGAAUGUUAGCUGAAACCACCAGUGGAGGAGUGACUGUUAAUGAUGUCUUGAUGCAUUACACUGUCGAUACCUUACCUUUUGGAGGUGUAGGAAACAGUGGAAUGGGCAGAUAUCAUGGGAGGCACACGUUCGACCAGCUGAGUCACCAUCGUGCCUGUCUCAUCAAGUCUUUUGCUAUGGAGAGUUUGAAUGACGCCCGUUACCCUCCACUAACAGCAGCCCGACUGCGCAAGGCCAAGUUUUUCAUGCAGCAUCGCUUGUGCAGCUGUAAUGGCAUGUGUGUGUGGGCCGCUAUCACAACUAUAUUGGCAAUUGGUCUUCUUGUUGCCUUAAUAGUUGUGCUGAUAAAGGAUACUCCAGUUUGAAGCAACAGAUCCCUCUGCCUGCACUGCUGCUCAAGUUUGUCACUCUUUAGAACAAUUUUAAUCUCAUAUGGAAUACUUGAAUCAUAUGUUGGUACAAAUAUUGAAUAUUUGUAUCAAUCUGAUAUAAAACAGUGUUUCAUGUACAUUUUCUUUUCAAAUUUCGAUAAUUAUUUUUCAGUAAACUAGAAACAGUAUAUUUUAAUCUUCUAAAUACAAUUAAUAAGGCGUGUUUGUAUGGGCUUUUCUACUCCUGUAGAGAAUUUGAGCUGUUGAACUGCUGAAUUGUGCAGAAUCUUCACAUUUAGAUCUUCUAAAUGGACAAGUUACCAUCAUUUCUGUGAUGUAGCAGCACAAUGCAAGCAUUGUUCUCCAUUGUUCCGUUGUUUUCCAGCUUAUCUUCUUUAUGUGGUGGACUUUAUGGAGAGCUUUAGCACAUGAGCUUUCAUCUACAUUUAUGUUGACA